AACAUGCAAUUUAGCUAUGGAACUGAAACGACUAGAGUGGCAAAAUGAGAAAUGCGGUCAAAGUUGAUAGUUAUUGCUUCAAAUCCGUAAACCCUCAUUCAUUUUGGUCUGCUUGAUUUUACGAUCCUCGGUAUUCUUCUCUUAAUAAUUUCAUAGCAGGGCCUAUGUGAAUUAGGAAAUUGACAAGCAUUAAAUUCCGAGGUUUUGUGCUGCUUAAUAUUUUGACUCGUCUGCUAAUACAUUAAACCUCAAAUGAUAAUUUGAUAUAGCUUAUUGGUCUGUGCACUUUAAGAUCCGGAUUGUUCUUGGGGUGUUAGUAGUGAUGGAGUGCAAUAAAGAAGAGGCAAUAAGGGCCAAAGGGAUUGCCGAGAGUAAGAUGCAAGAUAAGGAUUUUGAUGCUGCUCAUAAAAUUGCUCUGAAAGCCCAACAGCUUUAUAAGGAUUUGGAGAAUAUUUCCCAGAUGCUAAUGGUUUGUGAUGUGCAUAUCUGUGCUGACAAGAAAGUCUUUGGGGAUGAGAAGGACUGGUAUGCCAUCCUUAAGGUUGAGGAGGCAGCUGAUGAGGUAACAAUCAAAAAGCAAUACAGGAAAUUUGCUCUCUCACUUCACCCUGACAAAAAUAAGUUUCCAGGUGCAGAAUCAGCUUUCAAGUUGAUUGGCGAAGCCCAAAAGGUGCUUUUAGACAAAGGAAAAAGGUCAUUGCAUGACAUGAAACGUAAAUCUUUUCGAGUUCAAUCAGUACCAGCGUACAGGCCCCAGCCAAGGCCAGCUUAUGGCCCUAAUGUUGGAAGUCAAAGGAGCAAUUUUGCCAGCGUUAAUUUAAACCGGCAGCAGACGCAGCAGGCAGCUGGUCACCAGGGUUUCUCCAAUGGCCGUGCUACUUUCUGGACAGCUUGUCCAUUUUGCAAUGUGAAGUACCAAUACUAUGUGGAGGUCAUGAAUAAGUCUCUUAUUUGUCAAACUUGUAGUAAGCCCUUUGUUGCCUAUGAGAGUAUCUUGCAAGGGGCUCCAGCAGCAGCUAACGUAAAUCAAGCAGCUAACUUAAAUCGAGCAGCUAAUGUAAAUCGAGCAGCUAAUGUAAAUCAAGCAGCAUUUCCCCAAAGGAGAGAGGUGCCUAGCAAGGGCUUUAGCAAAGUGGAAUUAGGUGGUCAGGGCAAUUCAAGUGCAGAGCAUUUUAAAACAGAGCAGUCUCAAAAGAAAGGUCGCAGUAAUGAUUUUUCACAAAAGGUCAAUGCUAAGAGACAGAGGAAGAGAGAAGCAGAUUCAAGUGAAAGUUGUGAUACUGACAGUAGCAUUGAAAUUGAAGAAGAUGAGGGAGAAUUUAAAGCAGAAGGGGAUGUAGGAAGCCAUGAGCGCCGUAGGAGAUCUGAUCGGCAGAAGCAGCGUGUUUCUUAUAAAGAAAAUCUGAGCGAUGAUGAAGACUUUUCAAGCCCUCAGAAAAAGGCGAAGACGAAUGGUUGUGCCACUGAAGAGGUGAACAGAAAUGGAUCAAAGGAGGAUUUUCUUAAUACAAAUAACUAUCCUGGUCUUAAAGAUCACAGUGCAGCAAAACAGAGAGAAGGUACAGGGAGUUUGCCUAAUGAAUUUAAUGACACCAAGAAUGUGGAGGGAAAGGGAAAGAUGGACGAUUAUGGUUGUGGGGAAAGUUCUGAAGCUCAACUUGAUUCUAAUUCAGAUGCCAGCUCCAAGUCCACUUCAGAACCAGAAUUGUAUGAUUGUCCUGAUCCAGAUUUUAAUGACUUUGACAAACUCAGAAGUGAAGGGUGUUUCUCAACCGGGCAAAUCUGGGCUGUUUAUGAUACCUUGGAUGCCAUGCCUAGAUUUUAUGUUCGAAUUAGGAAAGUUUUCGUUACUGAGUUCAAACUGCGAAUAACCUGGUUGGAGUCAGACCCAGAAGACGAGGAUGAAACUGAAUGGGUUAAUCAAGGCUUGCCUACCUCUUGUGGGAAGUUCAGAAAUGGGAGCUCUGAUUAUACUGAGGACCAGCUUAUGUUCUCUCAUAUGGUACAGUGGGAAAAUGGUGGCCAGCGGGACACUUACAGGAUCUUUCCAAGAAAAGGAGAAAUUUGGGCUGUUUUUAAGAACUGGGAUAUUAAAUGGAGAAGUGAUGGAAACCCUAGCCAUAAUUAUGAGUAUGAAUUUGUUGAGAUCUUGGCAGAAUACACUAAGGAUGUUGGUGCACGUGUUGCUUACUUAGGCAAGGUGAAGGGCUUUGUGAGUCUUUUCUGUCGAAUGAAGAAGGAGGGGAUUGAAACAUUUCAAAUUCCACCAGGGGAACUCUUCCGUUUCUCCCACAUGAUUACGUAUUUUGAAUUGACAGGAGAAGAAAGAAAAGGCGUGCCAAAGGGAUCUUUCGAACUGGACCCAGCUUCUUUGCCCAAGAGCAUUGAAGAGAUUACUGUUCCUGAAGAUUUUGUGGCUGAGCCUAGUAAUUGUCAUCCCAAUGGUUCAUGUUCUACAUCCUCAGAUAAAGUGAAACCUGAAGUAGAGUCUGAGGGUUGUAUUUCUGGAGACCAGGCUGAUGUGAAGGGUGAUGAUCUAGAGCCUGAAGUUGAUAAUGUCCAUGAGGAUUGCUCUGAUCCUCCUGCUACAACUCCAGAAGCUAUGGAAAUUCCAGAACCAGAAUUCUUCAACUUUGAUGCUGAGAAAUCCAUUGAAAAGUUCUGUAAUGGUCAGAUUUGGUCAUUGUACAGCGAUGAGGAUGGUUUGCCAAAGUACUAUUGUCAGAUUAGAAAAGUUGCUUCUGACCAGGGUUUUAAAGUGUGGCUUAAGUGGCUUACUCCAUGUGGACUGCCGAAUGACGUGAUUCGAUGGCACGAUAAGAAAAUGUUUAUUUGUUGUGGAAAAUUCAUUACUAAAAAGGGCGAAUCACAAUGCUACACAUCUGCAGCCUGCUUCUCUCAUCAACUAACCGCAGAACCCACUAGUAAAAAAAAUGAAUUUUCCAUCUUACCCAGAAAAGGUCAGGUUUGGGCAUUGUAUAAGAACUGGUCCCCGGAAUUGAAACUUUCCGACAUGGAUAAUUGUCAAUAUGAAAUAGUGGAAGUCCUUGAGGAAAAUGGUUCAAGCAUCAAAGUUUCAUAUCUGGAACAAGUAGACGGUUUCAGCUCGGUUUUCAAGGUGCAGUCUAAGGAAGGAUCGGCUGAGGUUCCGCGUGCUGAGCUACUUAGGUUCUCAAAUCAGAUUCCUGCUUUUCGACUAACAGAUGAGAGGGACGGGAGCCUGCGAGGACAGUGGGAACUUGAUCCGGCAGCACUACCAGUACAUUAUUUUGACAGAAAGUGAAGCAGAAUGUUGCUGUGAUGCAAAAUGUUUUGCAGUUAUGUCCUUUCUGUGCGGCUAGGGUAUUUUUUGGAAAUAGAUUUUGGCUCCCGGCUAGUGCAACGUAUCUGGAUACCAAGUCUACCAGCAUUUGAUACUAUGAUUAUGUACGGAUGCUGUCUGCAACUUCUGGUUUCUGUUUAGCUGCAUAUGGAGACGAGGGAAUCUGCUUGUGGAAACUUUUUGAUCCCUCCAAGGUUAGGCCACAAAUUAGUGGUAAUAGGUUGGAAAAUUAGGCAAAAGCAUUAUUACAAGUGAAAUUUCUUUAUUUUGUGCUCACGGCAGAUAGUCUAAUUUUAUAAUUUCACUUUACAGUCCCUGUAAACUCUGAUUUUCGAAGGCUGCUUAAUUUCUUUAUAA